AUGUUAAUUAGAAAUAUAAAUAAAAUCAAUAAAAGCAAAACAUUAAUAAAUUUAAAUAAGUGUUAUUAUGCCAGCAAAAAAAACAAUAAUAAUAUCUUUAAGAAUGAAACUGUAGACGGGGAGCAUCAAGAAAUUGAUGAAAUCAAUGACGAAAAAUAUUUACAAAUCUACAGUAGUUCAAGAGAAGAGAUGAUUAACAACAUUAGAAAGGGAACAGGCAAACAAAUAUAUGAAGCUAAAGAAAGAAAACUUACACAUUCAAUCAAAGAGUAUAGAAACGAGUUUUCAGGUUUAGGUAAUGGCAACAAAUUGUUAGAUAAAAGUGUAGUAUUAGUAGGACGUAUUAAAUCAAUUCGUAAUUCAAGUAAUAAAUUAACAUUCAUAGAUUUAGUAUCAUCAUAUUCAAAUCAACCAAUUGUAGAUGAUGUAAUCAAAGUAGAAAAUAACGAAACAUUAAAAAUGACAGGUGCUCAAUUUUCACUUCAGGUUAUGGCUGAUUUUAAAUUCUUUGAAAAUCAAAAUCAUUACCCAAUUUUAAUGGAAAAUUUAAGAAAGGGUGAUAUUAUCGAAAUUAUUGGUUAUCCAGCAAAGUCACAAAAAGGUGAACUAUCAGUAAUUCCAAAAGAUAUUAAUAUUCUCACUCCAUGCAACCGUCCAAUACCAUUAAAAAUCAACGAUAAAGAAAUUAGAUAUAGAAAUCGUCCAUUAGAUUUCUUGGUUAAUCCAGAGAAUCAAAGAGCAUUCUUUAUUAGAUCAAAAGUAAUUAAUUAUGUCAGAAGUUUCUUAGUGGAAAGAGGUUUCUUAGAGGUUGAUACACCCAUUCUUUCAACCAAUGUUGGUGGUGCCAAUGCCAAGCCAUUCAUUACACGUUCAAACUCUUUAAAUUUAGAUUUAUUUUUAAGAAUUUCACCAGAAUUAUUUUUAAAACAAUUAGUAGUAGCAGGAUUUGAUAAAGUUUUUGAAUUAGGUAAACAAUUUAGAAAUGAAGGAAUUGAUUUAACUCAUAACCCAGAAUUUACAACAUGCGAAUUUUAUCAAGCCUAUGCAGACUAUGAAACUAUUGUUAAACUUACUGAAGAAAUGUUAUCAGGUAUGGUCUAUUCAAUUUUUGGAACCUAUGAAAUCCCAUUCCCAGCCAAUCCAGAAAUCAAAUUAAACUUUAAAGCACCAUUCCAAAGAAUUAAUUUCAUUGAUAAAAUUGAAGAGCUCACUGGUAGAACAUUACCAAAAGAUUUAACAUCCUACGACUGCAUUCCAGAGCUCUUGGAUAUUUGCAGAGAUAACAAUAUUCACUGUAAAGAACCAUACACACCAACUAGAAUUUUAGAUGAAAUGGCAUCAACCCUCAUCGAACCACUCUGUAUUCAACCAACAUUUGUCAUUGACCAUCCACUUGCAAUGUCACCAUUAGCUAAAAUUCAUAGAUCCAAUAAUCAAAGAACCGAAAGAUUCGAAUUGUUUGUAGGUGGUAAAGAAUUAGUCAAUGCUUACAGUGAAUUAAACGAUCCAAAAGAACAAAGAAAGAGAUUUUUAGCACAAUCACAAGAUCGUAUUACAGGUGAUGAUGAAGCUCAAAUUUUAGACGAAUCUUUUUGCAAUGCUUUAGAGUAUGGUUUACCACCAACUGGCGGUUGGGGUUUAGGUAUCGACCGUCUUUGCAUGUUAUUCUCUAAUACAACCACAAUUAAAGAUGUUUUAUUUUUCCCAACUAUGAAACCUAUCGAACAAAAACCAAAUAAUAAAGACACUAAAUAA